AUGGGUCCAUCGAGCUCCCGCAACGACGAAGCAGCACCUCCAUCGUACUCCGAAACCGUAUCCAGCAAAUACAUCUCCGACGCCUCAACCUCACAAUACUACUCCUUGCAAAUUCAAUCCCAGCUCCACGACCUAACGACCACCAUCUCUUCCCUCCAAACGCAGAAGACCCUUCUCUCGCACGCCCAGGACGAGAAAAUCCUCUCCCUCCUCACCCAACAGAUCCAGCUCUACCUCUCCGACUUCGCCAAGACUGGUCUCCAGAAGGGAACGCUUAUCCUAGUCCCAGCCCAAGGCCUCGAGGAUCCGAAUGCUUUGCCGAUGGAAUACGACUUCAAGGAUCCGGAAGAGCACGACCGGGUCGUUAGAGUCAGAGAUAAAGAAGAAGGUGAGUAUGGUGGUGGACAAAAGUGGUUUUGGAGGGAUGAAGACAUGGCGAUACGAUUGGCAGGCUACCUGAGACCCAAGCCUGACCCGAAAACCAUGGAGCUUCCUCCGAGGAGGGAAGGGAUUGUUGCUCAGCAGGAGCAAUCGGAAUCCAGCUCAAGUUCUGGGAAGUGGUCUUGGAGUAGAAAGAAGAGCAGUGCGAAGGCUGCGGAGAGGCCGCCGCUGGUGGAGUCAAGGAAUGAUACCAAGGUUGUUUCUGAUGUCAAGAUGCCUAGUCGAGAUACCGAGGAUAAGGUGGAUAUGAGUGUCGAAGCUGAGGAAGUCGUCUUUAGAACAGAGAAUGACCUUGGUAUAUUUGGAACGGAGAGGGGUUGGGGUGUAGUGCUUAAAUUGAAAGUCAUCCCGGGUAAUCGGUAAAGUUCUCUUGACUUAAAAUCACAUAUUGACCCUUCGUUCUUCCUCAUUCUGCGAGU